GCACAUCACCACUGGCCAGCCGCUGCUUCCAGCUGCGGUUUUGCUAGGGUUUUGUCAGUCCCUGUGUCGGCAUCGGCGGACAUGGAGGGGGAGGAAAUUGGCCUCGUCCUCGCCCGCGCCUCGGACCUCCGCUCUAGGAUAUCCGCCUGCGCCGCCGCGGCUGGCCGGCCGGAGGAGCCAGUGAAGCGGCUGGGCGCGGUGGGGGAUGGUGAGGAAGGCGAGGAUGAGGAGGAGCAGGAGGAGGAGGUAGAGAGCCUGGUCGGCAUCAGCGACGCGCUCGAGUCGCUCGAGCGGCAGCUCGCCGCCCUGCAGGACCUCCAGCACCAGCAAAGAUAUGAACGGGAAACCAUACUCAGCCAGAUUGACCGCAGUCGGAGAUCCCUGCUUAGCAAGCUCAAAGAAUACAAGGGGCGGGACUGUGAGGUAAUCCACGAGGCUGCUGCUUUUGCUGGCGAGAAAAUUGAGCAUGAUGAUAGCCUCAUCCUGCCUCCUUACUCAAACCAUGUCACCAAUUCCUUCGUGCUCGACGACCUGUACCCUCUGAGCUACGUCUCAAAGCCCAAGCGCUUGCAUAACGGAUUGGACUCUGACAGAGCAACUCAAGACGAUACAAGAACAAACGGGACAGAGAACAGAAACGCCGGCACACCGAACCGCGGUCUGCUAGGGGGGAUCGGGUCCUUCAUCGGGUGGAUGGCUAAAACGGCGGUAAUGGUGUCCGGCGCCGUGUCCAUCAUGAAGGCUGCUGGCUACGAGCGGGUGAUCGGGACUAACAGCAUCAAGCUGGACAUCGCGGGGCUGUUUGGUAAAGCGGCGACGGCGACGGGCAAAGAAGAGCAGGGCACUCGUCGCUGCCCUCCAGGUAAAGUGAUGGUGCUCGAGGACGGCAAGGCCCACUGCGUCGUGAAGGAGAGAGUGGAGGUCCCCUUCGGCACCGACCUGGCAUCCCCGGAUGCAAGCUACGGUCUGGGCUGAAACCGGGUGAAUGUGAAUAUUAGGAUGUAGCUCGCCCCCGAGAGGCGGUCUGUAGGAAUUGUGUGUGUGACUUGCUUUUUGUAAAAUGCGGUGACGUGGAUCAGUUUUUUCUUUUUCUUUUCGGGUUUGGUGCUGAACAUUGUGGUCAUCAAGAUGCUGAAGGUAUGUACCAUGUCAUGCUCAUGUUGGAAUCGCCCCUUUGUUGUUCAUAGAUAAGUGCAUUUGUGAUGUCAUUUCCAUGUGC